AUGCUGCAUCCAUCCCUUCUCCAUCCCUUCUCCAUCCCUUCUCCAUCCCUUCUCCAUCCCUUCUCCAUCCCCUCUCCAUCCCUUCUCCAUCCCCUUCUCCAUCUCCUCCACUCUCAUGCAGGCGCCAUGGCGAGCGAGCAUGCUGACCAGCGACGAGCCCUUCACGCUAUCCGCCCCCACGGACAAGCCCCUAUGCUGAGCACUGACGAGCCCUUCACGCUGUUUGCUCCCUCGGACGACUUCCUAUUGGACAUUAGCAGCGUCUUUCACAAGUACCCUAGAACAAAGGAAAUGAUCGACCCCAUGUUGAGUCGGCUAGUGGGCUACUCCGCCGUGCCUCGCCGCAUUCCGGCAGCCGACAUCCCGCUGGGGGCGUUCGAGCGGUUGGAGUCGAUCACAGGGUUUAUCAUCAACGUGGGGAGGGACCCGCGCACUGGACGGAUUUUCGCAAACGGUGUUCCGAGCAAGCGGGUGGACAUCCUAGACGGCCAGCUGGUGGUGCAUCUGAUAGACGGCAUGCUGGGGCCGCUUGACUUCGUGGAGUCGGUGCGAAGCAUGGACCCUGAUGACGUCAGCAUGGAGGCGGCUCUUGAGCAGGAGUUCAACUCGGGGGCGUUCGUGCGCGGUAGUGAGAGCAGCGGGGGUGAGGGUGCGGGAGGGGGAGGGGCCGGGGGAGGGGGAGGGGGAGGGGGAGGGGGAGGGGGAGGGGGAGGGGGAGGGGGAGAGGGCGGAGGAGGAGGGAGCGGGAAGGGUGGGGACGAAGCAGGGCAGGGGGGGAGCGGCACACAGUCUAAAGCACAAACGGCUGGGUUUGGAUGGAAGCGAUUAUAUGCUGGCCUGCCAGGGGUGGUGCUAUGGCAAAAGCAGAAUGCAACAGGGGCGGAGGGAGCAGGGGGAGCAGGCGGAGGAGGGGGUGGUGGGGGGGGGAAUGGGGGGAGUGGGGAGGGUGGGGGUGCAGCUGGGAGUGGGUUUCAGUGGUUUGGGUUUGGGAAGGGAGGCGCAGCUUCUAAGAAGGAGCCGGAGGAAGAUCCGGUGGACAAUCUGCCUGUGCUGAGGCCUGAAGUGAUUGCUCUGGAGCAGGUGUGUAUGGUGGGUGGGGCUUCUGGGUGUGGUGUGUUGGGGAGCUUGUGGGUUCUAGGAGCAGGUGUGGUGGGGCGUCUGGGUUCCUCUAACUGGCAGGUGCGGGAGGAGAAGGCGAAGCCGCGAGUGGAAUUCGACUUCAGGGGUGCUUUGUGGGUGCGGGAGGAGGAGAGGCGAAGCCGGGAGUGGAAGUGGACUUCAGGGGUGCGGGAGGAGGAGAAGGCAAAGCCAGGAGUCGAAGUGGACUUCAGGGGAGAACACAAGGGAGCAUCCGUUAUCGAGGUGCCUCCACCAGUGGAUCCCACCAAGCUCCCCUGUUUGGGCCGGGGAAUUCUGCAGACAGACAGCAAGUGCCUGUGCGCUGUGCUCUACGGGGGAGAUAACUGUGAGGAAAUACGCGACACGGACAAGCUCACUGUUGACCCCUACGUGGGAAGCUACCUGCUGACAGCACAGGCCCUCAUGCCGCCGCCACCGCCAGCAGCAGGGGAGGAAGGGAGCAGUGGAGGGGGAGGAGGGGGUUCAGCGGCGCGAUCAGCCAUGCUGCUGGAAGGGUUGUCGAUCGAAGAAAGGAAGCAGCUGCGGGCAGUGCUACCUUUGACUGAUCUAUACCAGACGACUGUAUGGGAGACGUGUGCCGUGGUGGGCAACUCGGGUGCGCUGUUGCUGCGGGAGGAUGGGGAGGAGAUUGACAAACAUGACAUGGUUAUGCGCUUUAACACAGCUCCCACUAAGGGGUACGAGAAACAGGUGGGAAAAAAAACCACUCUUCGCCUGAGCAUACCAGACAAGGCGGGGUUCAGAGAGGGCAACGAGACGGUGGUAUACCACCUGUACCUGAGGGGCGUGAAGGACGAGUUACAGCAUCUUCUUAAGUUCAAGCGGGUCUUCCGGGAGGGGGCACUCUACGUGCUGGACCUGGGGUUCGAAUCGCAGAUAUUCAACACAUUUGGCGCCUUCACGUCAGUGGGAUACGUGGGGAUCCAAUUCGCCCUGCAGAAGUGCCACCACAUUGACUUGUAUGGCCUCUUCCUAAGCGAGAGGCACGGCGUGAGGCACCACUACUACAACCGCGACGAGUACAUGCCGGCGCACGUGACUAGCGAGCAGCUGGACCGGGAGUUCGUUCAGAGCAUUGAGAUCGCCGAUGCUGAGCUCAUGUGGAUCGCAGACCCAUGCCUGUAUGACUGUCGGAGGUCGGUGCAGCGCUGCAGCAUGUGCAUGCGCAUUUCAGUGGACGAGUUGAGCCAGAAAACAGAGUGGACGAGUCAGCAGCUGGCUUUAAACUCUCGCAGGGAGCAGCGGUGGCGGGAGUUUCUAAAGUGGCAGCUGGUGGUGCGAGAGGAGCUCAAGAAGAGCGUGCGGCUGCAGUUCCAGAUGCAGGCAGAGCAGCGCCGCAUGCGCUCCUCCUCCGGAGGGCUAGCAGGGGGAUCGUGCGUGGAUGGGACAGGGGGAGAUGGUCGGAGUGGCAGAGGGAGAGGGGGAUUGGACGCAGGAGGAGCACUAGGGGGGCGGGGAGUGGGAGGAGGAGGGGUUGGAGAGAGAGGAGUGGGGGGAGGGAGUGGAGGAGGGGGGGCGAGAGGGGGGUAUUCGCCGGGAGAGAGUGAGGAUGAGUAUGAUAGCAUUGACUGGGAGCGGGUGGUGGUGGAGGAUAUGCUCGAUAAGCUAUCAAUGCACGAGGUGCUGCUGUACUUUAGGAGAAACCACCUCACUAUUCCGGACACGCGCGCUCAGAUGCUCCAGGCGGUGAAGGCCCAUUAUUUCUUUUUGCGAGGGGAGCUGCAGAAGCAGAAGAACCGGCUGUAUCGCCCCUCCGACUGA